AUGUGGAAUAGUAAUAAUUGUUAUAGUCGAAGAUGGCUAGUCACGGACACGAGACAAGUGGGCAUAGAAAGCAGAAGAGAUCGGUAUCAACUGUCCAACAGAACACAGAAAUCUACACAAUCGCUAGAAAUAGCAGCGACGUCAACUUUGCAACAACCGCGACAUACUAAACGCAAAUGCCGACGAUUAUGCGACGCACGCGCGGAACAUACCGAGCAGUCCGAGGUAUGGCUACCGCAAAUGUCAACCACGGCGUAUGCGGCAGAUGGAAAAGGGCUGCUGUGCAGACAGCCUCCGCGAUUGCCACGAACGGCGUCAUAUACAACCGCAUCGUUAUGGUCGGACCUAAAGUCCUCAAUAGCGCCUGCCCAGCGCACACGAGUCAACGCUUGCCUAAACCAAAUAAUAGAAGUAUUACUAGCCUUACUAUUAGCCAAUUGUCUGAUGCAGCUAUGCGGACAACUGCCCACAGCGACAGCCGCAUUCGACGCGCCAACGGCGAGCGAUACACUUGCCGAAGCAUACAACUUCUACACGAGUAGCAGGCUGAGCCAACGCGGCGACGACGACGACGACGACGAUGAUGAGUACGCGGACGCUUAUAGCAACAACUAUCGCCAACCGCACAGCAUCGGCGGCAAUGCGGCGUUUGCAUUCAACGCGUUGCAAUUGCCAUCGGCUGCCACGCUGGCUGCAGCUGGCGCUUACAACGUACCAGAUGGUGAUGCCGCGUUGUCGGUGAAUCAGCUGCAACGCAGUCAAAAUUUCAAAAUUAGUCAGAAGCCCUGCUCGAUUGGACGCAUCGAGGGCACUUGCAUGUUCGUGUGGGAGUGCAUCAAGUCGGAGGGUCGGCAUGUCGGCAUGUGUGUGGACUCGUUCAUGUUCGGUUCGUGUUGUGCGCACAAUUAUACGGAGAAUAUUGUAAUGCCGCAGACGUUCUCCUACACACGUCCCACCAAACCUCUGGGCAUUGGCGGUGUGAAUCAUCGACCUCGACCGCCGCAUCAGCCACACAAGCCUAGUAUAAGUGGUAUGACUACUAUUGAGCGGCCGCAUGGCGCUGGAACGCUGGUCAUACGUCCAUCUGGGCCGCAUCAUCAAGGCGCUUUGUAUAAGCCUCAGUACAUGAAACCCUCAACUGUGGGCACAACCACAUCUUUCUCCGCCUCUCACUCAGCAGCGACGACAACGACGACAACCACUUCAACUGAGGACUCCAAUGCGUUGUGGACCUCGAAUGCAGUAUUGCAAGAUUUGCAGCCGGCAGCGGCCACGGCGUCAAAUCAAUGGAAUACAUCACCACAGCUGACAGCCGUAACGCAACACCACUGGCACAUGACGACUGAGCCAAAUUUUAUUACCAAACCGCGGCCGCCCAGCUGGGAGAAACCGACCGGUAUGCGUCCCUCGAAGCCAGCAAAGCCAACAAAGAAACCCAUCUUGCCACAGCCGCAAUUGCCUAGCUACCAAGUGACGCAACAACAGCAACACACCACAGCGGGUAUUGUGUACACGACGCGAAAGCCAGUGCCGUCGACAUCUACGCAGUCAGCGACAGUCAAACCGUCCGCAUCGCCCUCAUCAGCGGCGGCCAGUGCACCAACAACGCCAAUAUCGGCGCUGUCGUUGACGCGUCCACAACCACCAUACACCGCCUCCUCUGCGUCUUUCGCCACUUCUGCGACUUCGUCAUCGUCCGGCACUAACUUGUGGCAACAACAACAGCAACAGCAGCAACACCAAUACCAACACCAUCAGCAACAAUAUCGACCGCCGCCUGUUUAUGCGAAGCCACCAACGAAAGUGCCAGCCACAUCACUGGCGACCACCAGCGGCACUGCGAGCGCGACAACAACUACAACGGGUACAACAACAACGACAAGCACGCGAUUACCAACAAGCAGUACUACGGUAAAAACGACAACGCGUCCUUACACGCGCCCAACCACGCCCAAUUGGGUCAUUAGCGAAAGUGGUGUGCCCAGCGGCGUCGGCGACGGCACAAUUUAUCCACUGCACUCGUCGUCUACAGGCAAACCAACAACAGCAAUAACGACCACAACAACAACAACGCAAAAAUAUAGACCCACUUCGUCAUCAUCCACUUCGUCAACGUCGUCAUCAUCAUCAUCAUCGGCGCAUACAACCGGCUCAAUGUCGCCCAUUAGACCCACUCAACGGCCCACUUGGUCGCAAACGACACCGACACGGCAACCACCAGCAUCGAAGCCGCCAGCAUCAACCACCUCAUCAUCAUCAUCAACAACUUCAGCAUCAUCAUUAUCAUCUUCCACAUCAUCACAUUCCGCUUCCUCAUCAUCAUCGCUCUCACCACCCGCUUCACCAUCUACAGCUGUCACUGCAACGCAUAAUGUGCCCACUUAUGGACAUUAUCCGCAUCCGAGGCCGCCGUCGCAGCAGCAGACAUUGUCGCACCACAAUCUGACGACGAUCGAAUCGAAUGAGAUCUCCGAUAGUUUGACCAAUAAUAGCACCGCUAUUAAAAUCAUCACGGCCGCACGUAGCGAAUGUGGUAUUCCGGUUUUGGCGCGUCCAGAGACACGCAUUGUGGGCGGCAAGAGUGCGGCGUUCGGUCGUUGGCCUUGGCAAGUGUCGGUGCGUCGUACAACGUUUUUCGGCUUCUCGAGUACGCAUCGCUGUGGUGGCGCGUUGAUCAAUGAGAAUUGGAUCGCAACUGCGGGACAUUGCGUCGAUGAUCUACUCAUCUCUCAGAUGCGCAUACGCGUCGGCGAAUACGACUUCUCACACGUGCAAGAGCAACUACCGUACAUCGAACGUGGUGUGGCCAAAAAAGUCGUACAUCCCAAAUAUAAUUUCUUCACCUACGAAUAUGACUUGGCCUUGGUGAAACUGGAGCAACCGGUGGAAUUUGCACCGCACGUCAGUCCCAUCUGCUUACCACAAACGGAUAGUCUAUUGAUUGGCAUGAAUGCCACAGUGACCGGUUGGGGGCGUCUCAGUGAGGGCGGCACACUGGCGUCCGUAUUACAAGAGGUAUCGGUGCCGAUUGUGAGUAACGGCAUUUGCGAAUCGAUGUUUGCGCGCGCCGGACGCCAGGAGUCGAUACCGGAUAUAUUCGUGUGUGCGGGCUAUGAGAAUGGCGGACAUGACUCGUGUCAGGGUGACUCUGGCGGACCGUUGCAGGUUAAAUCCGCUGACGGCCGUUUCUUCUUGGCCGGCAUUAUCUCGUGGGGCAUUGGCUGUGCGGAGGCAAAUUUGCCCGGCGUUUGCACACGCAUCUCGCGUUUCGUGCCUUGGAUCAUGGAAAAUGUAUCGUGAUAGA